ACUGCGAUGUGUUUUGGGGGUACGUGGCUCUUUCUGGGUUACAGGACAUACCCGACAGCUUCUACUUGCGAGGAGGACAAACACUUAAGUCGGAAUAGUUAGAUUCACUUUUACUUCCGUGUGAAAGACAGCAUGUCACGCAAGAGGCAGAUGUGUUGCAUGGUAGCAGUCAUUUGCCUUGGAACGACUCUGAUGACCUUCCCCUUUUCAUUACUGUCAUGGUACCAAUCAAGAAUUGUUCGCAGGAGUCGGGUUAAUGAAACAAAGGCACAACAUGAGCAGGCAUUACAACAGCUCUCUGCAUCUACAUCAACGACAAAACCAGCAAAACCUUGCCGCGAUAAUUUUAAAGAAACCUUUGAGAGAGAGAAACGUUAUAUGUGUUGUGGCAUGCGUGGCGGAUUGGGGAACUUCAUGUUUGCAUACGCCUCGGUGUAUGGAAUGGCGACAAAGGCCAACAAGUCAGUGGUGAUACAAAAGAACAACCUUCUUCUGAAGUACUUCCGGAUAAAGGCCAAGGUUGUCAAUGACCUCUGUGUUUGCCAAACAGCCAAAUUUGUGCACGAGGGUCCACCCGGCCAGUUCAAUAAGGAUUUCCUGAACUUGACCGAGAAAAUAAAUUAUCGGCCUUUCCGGUAUUUUCAGUCGUGGAUGUACUUCCGGCAUGUCACAGACGACAUCCGCAAACAGUUCAGCUUCAAGGACGAACUGCGUGAGAAAGCCGUCAGUAUUUUAAAGGGUUCUCGAGAAGCAUUUGUAAAACAAGAAAGUGGCAGGGGCCAUGACAACGUAACGACUGUCGGCGUACACGUGCGCAGAGGGGAUAUCGCCAAGUACCGGAAAUUUAUUGAGUACGGAUAUACGGUAGCUCCCCCACAGUACUUCUCCAAGGCAAUGACGUAUUACAGGAACAAAUACAACACAACAUUGUUCCUGGUGUGCUCGGACGACAUUGCAUGGUGUAAAGAAAACAUAAACGGAAGUGACGUCAUGUUCAUGGAAGAUAAUUCAUUCGAAGUAGAUCUCGCUGUAUUAACCCAAUGUAAUCAUUCCAUAAUGUCGGUGGGAACAUUCGGCUGGUGGGCCUCGUUCCUGGCAGGAGGCGAGACAAUCUACUAUAAACAUCCAGCCAGAGACGGAAGUAGGUUCAGGCAGAUCUUUUCAAAGGAUUACUCAGACUUCUUCUACCCCGAUUGGAUUGGUAUGGAGUGAUGGACCACAAUAUGCAGGUGUGAGGUUGUGUAUAUAGCUGAUGAUUAUGGUGCAGUGUGCGAGGUUUGGAGAUGUUUGUUGCUUAUUGGAAGGCGUCCGACUGCUAUAAUACCAGCACAUCAUCAAGUAUAUGUAAAUAUAACCAUUUAAGAAAACCCUUACCCAAUUUCGUUGUGGGAAGCUCAAAAGAACAAUAACUUAGAAAAUAGAAACGAUAAAACGUUGUCAGUAUCCAUGAGAUAUCACUGUCAAAUAGUGAUGAUACCAUGUUUUCAAACAAAAGGCAAUCGUAGCCUGCUUCCUACCGGGAAUCCUCGUUUUAAAUCCUGACGUUAUUAAACCCGUGGGCAUAAUAACGAGUUUUGAUUUUCAAAUGGGCCCAUGGGCUUAAAUUUGAAAUUACUUUUAGAGUGAUCUCACUACUGAGAUGGGUUCACUACUGGACACGUGAUCUUAAAAAAUCUUAUGAACGUUUCAAAAUGCGAAAAUAUUAAAAAAAUAUUGAACCCUUUGUUUCCAAAGGCGGAUCAAUGAGCGAAGCCCUGAUUUCAACGCAACAGUUUGAAUUUUAAAAGAGUUCUCUCAAAUUAUAUCAGUUAUGUUGAAAAGAUGAUUGAAUUUGUUCAUGGAAUAAGAUUCGUUCCAUUAAAAGUUAAAAAGAACAAAGUUUUGUUGUAUUUUACCUCUUCUCAAAUUUAAGCCCAGGGAUUAAUUUCAGAAAAAUAUAAAUGUUUCUUAGAUGAAAAGGGUCAAAUUCGAAAUUAAGCCCAUGAUUUAGAUACGAGGAUUCCUGGUACAUGCAAAGGUCAGUGUGUUGUUGACUUGAACAACACGUAACCGUCAGGUACAAGUCACGUGGGGGAUGAUGUCACUGAAGAGUUUAACAUGGAAAGAACUUCCACGUCCUUCCUGAGGCCUUGAAUGUUUUGUAACUAUGAUCAAACAACUUUGUGUGUCAUAGGAUGCGAAUUGAAAUCUUGAUACAAAGAACAUUCUCGAUUGUACCUCAAAUUUGUGAAAUGUAGAUCUUGUUUGGACUUGCCAACCCAAGCAGACAUUCUGCAUAGAGAAACAGAUCUCAAUGCUGGGAACACAUUCGAUAUCAAUGAGGACGCCUUCUUCUUGCCUAAAGGUUUUACCCCCACAUGUUACGUAGAUGUAAUCAAUGCAGAACUCCAGUAUAUCUCAUAUUGUGGUCUCAAUAUAUACACAAAGAACUUAGUUAAGCGAACCUGACAUAUCUCACGAUUGAAUGAGCCCCGAU